AUGCAACGUAUGUCGCAAUUUUGGCUCCAAUUUUGGUGCGACAGUCGUAACAGUAAGCUUCAUCUCAAAACUGAUAAAAUUCGAAAGCGAAUGACUGAAAGCUCACAUUCAUGUACCAGUCAUACAGUUUUUCACCAAUCAACUCACCAAGAUUUAAGUGAAAUGGAUUUUGAGAGAGGGAUUUGGGGUGCUUCCACACGUGGUCAUAUUGAUCGCGUUCGGAAAUUGUUAGAUAAACAUAUUAAUGUUAAUAUACCAGACAGUUAUGGGUACACAGCUCUGCAUUAUGCUGCUAGAAAUAAUCAUAAAGAUAUUUGUAAUGUAUUAUUAGAAGCUGGGGCUGAUAUUUUCGCCAAGACAAGAAAUGACGGGGCUACACCUGCACAUCGGGCAGCAUAUGCAGGACACCUUAGUAUUUUAAAACUGCUUGUUGGCAAAGGGGGAGCACCAGUUUUAGAAUCUCGUGAUAACGAUGGUAGGAACUGCUUGCAUCACGCGUACCGGGGGAAACAGAAAAAUACAAUAGAUUGGUUGUUGGAGAACUAUCCUAAUCUAUCUAGUACUAGAGACAACAAUGGUCUUCUUCCUGAUUCCGUUGGCCAGUCAAGUAAUGAAGUUCACUGUCAUGAGUUAAAUAUAUGGUCUAUAGUAGAUAAAUAA